CUCGGUUUCGGGUUAACUCAGCGGCUGUAGUUUACAAGCGAGGCACGAAGUUUACUUAGCCGGCCUCCGUCUAGGCUUUCCGUAUGGCGAAAGCGUACUUGGGAGCCGCAGAGUCGCCCGCAGUCGGCUCGGGUGUUGGCUUCAUUACGGGGGAGCUGACGUCGCUGCCUCAUGGUGGCCACAUGGCCUCAGCCGCGGGGGCGCUGGAGGGGAAGCCGCGCACCUGGCCCUGGCUCUGCGUCGGGUGGCGAUUUCACCAUUAUUCAGGAGAAGCCAAGAUUCUGGAUUUGUUUUUGUCUUAAAAAAAAAAAAAAAACGAGAAGAAGAAUGGGGGAUUACUUUAAAAUACCGCCUCAUCUUGCCCCCAAUGACGUUUUUUAAGAAUAGGUUUUUCUCCUUUCCUGUUCAGUCCAGUUUUGGAGAUCAGCAGCCAGAUCUGACUGCAGCCAUGAGCAGCAAUGAGUGCUUCAAGUGUGGACGCUCUGGCCACUGGGCCCGGGAGUGCCCUACAGGUGGAGGUCGUGGCCGUGGGAUGAGGAGCCGUGGCAGAGGUGGUUUUACCUCAGAUAGAGGUUUCCAGUUUGUUUCCUCAUCUCUUCCAGACAUCUGUUACCGCUGUGGUGAGUCUGGUCAUCUUGCCAAGGAUUGUGAUCUUCAGGAGGAUGAAGCCUGCUAUAACUGCGGUAGAGGUGGCCACAUCGCCAAGGACUGCAAGGAGCCCAAGAGAGAGCGAGAGCAGUGCUGCUACAACUGUGGCAAACCAGGCCACCUGGCUCGCGACUGCGACCACGCGGAUGAGCAGAAGUGCUAUUCUUGUGGAGAAUUUGGACAUAUUCAAAAAGACUGCACCAAAGUGAAGUGCUAUAGGUGUGGCGAGACUGGUCAUGUAGCCAUCAACUGCAGCAAGACGAGUGAAGUCAACUGUUACCGCUGUGGCGAGUCGGGGCACCUGGCACGGGAAUGCACGAUCGAGGCUACAGCCUAAUUCUUUUCCUUUGUCGCCCCUCCUUUUUCUGGUUGAUGGUUGUAUUAUUUUCUCUGAAUCCUCUUCACUGGCCAAAGGUUGGCAGAUAGAGGCUACUCCCAGGCCAGUGAGCUUUACUUGCCGUGUAAAAGGAGGAAAGGGGUGGAAAAAACCGACUUUCUGCAUUUAACUACAAAAAAAGUUUAUGUUUAGUUUGGUAGAGGUGUUAUGUAUAAUGCUUUGUUAAAGAACCCCCUUUCCACGCCACUGGUGAAUAGGGAUUGAUGAAUGGGAAGAGUUGAGUCAGACCAGUAAACCCAUUAUGGGGUUCUUGAAUAUGUUCCCAUGUAGGAGGUAAAACCAAUUCUGGAAGUGUCUAUGAACUUCCAUAAAUAACUUUAAUUUUAGCAUAAUGAUGGCCUUGGAUUGUCUGACCUCAGUAGCUAUUAAAUAACAUCAAGUAACAUCUGUAUCAGGCCCUACAUAGAACAUACAGUUGAGUGGGAGUAAACAAAAUAAAAAGACAAACGUGCGUGUUCAUGGCUGUGCGAGAGAAAUCGGGAUAAAAGCCUAAAGCAGAAACAGCUUCACCCCAGCGUUGAUGCUGGACAUGUAGGUGGUGAUGGCAAAGGUUCAGAACACAUUUUUUCAAAGACGAAAUCUAAAACGCAGUGUAACAUCGAUGCUCAGAGUUAGCAAAAUUUGGAGCUAUUCAGGAAUUGCAGAGAAUUGCAUUUUCACAGAAAUCAAGAUGUUAUUUUUGUAUACUAUAUCACUUAGACAACUGUGUUUCAUUUGCUGUAAUCAGUUUUUAAAAGUCAGAUGGAAAAAGCAACUGAAGUCCUAGAAAAUAGAAAUGUAAUUUUAAACUAUUCCAAUAAAGCUGGAGGAGGAAGGGGAGUUUGACUAAA